AUGGAGGUAGAGGUAGAGAUAGAGAUAGGAGAUAAAGAUAGAGGUAGAGAUAGAGAUAGAGGUAGAGGUAGAGGUAGAGGUAGAGGUAGAGGUAGAGAUAGAGAUAGAGACAGAGGUAGAUAUGGAGAUAAAGAUAAAGAUAAAGAUAAAGAUAUAGAUAGAGAUGCGGAUAAAGAUAGAGAUAGAGAUAGAGGUAGAGAUAAAGAUAGAGGUAGGGAUAAAGAUAGAGGUAAAGAUAGAGGUAGAGAUAAAGAUAGAGAUAGAGAUAGAGAUAGAGAUAGAGAUAGAGAUAGGGAUAGAGCUAGAGAUGAAGAUAGAGAUAGAGAUAGAGAUAAAUAUAGAGGUAGAGGUAGAGAUAGAGAUAGAGAUAAAUAUAGAGAUAGAGAUAGAGAUAGAUAUAGAGAUAGAGAUAUAGGUAGAGGUAGAGGUAGAGGUAGAGGUAGAGGUAGAGGUAGAGGUAGGGAUAGAGAUAGAGAUAGAGAUAGAGAUAGAAGUAGAGAUUGA